AUGGCUACUGUAUCCCAAACUCCAAACUUCAGAAAUAUUCAAGGUCAGCUGGCUGACUUCCUAGGUUUGAAAUUUACGGAGGAAACUGAACAGGGAAGAGCUGAGAGGUUGUCUUCAAGAUUGUCAAAUUCUAAUAAUAGCCUUAUAAUCCUCGAUGAUGUUUGGGAAGAAUUCGAUUUCAAGAAAAAAAUAGGUAUUCCAUUGAGCAAAGAUUGCAAAAUGCUUCUGACAACCCGCUACAAAAACGUAUGCGCUUAUAGGGAGUAUCAAUCGUUAAUUCCUCUAAAUGUUUUAGAGGAAGACGAAGGAGUGACUUUACUCAAAAGGCAAGCAGGUAUAGAUGAUGACUCUGUCAGCUUGAAUACUUUGGCUACUGAAAUUGCUAAAGAAUGUGAUGGUUUGCCUUUAGCACUUGUAACCAUUGGAAGUCACUUGAGAGGAAAGAAGGAUACUGAAACAUGGGAAUUUGUGUGUGAAAGAGUAAAAAAAUCAAAACUGGAGGAUAUAAAUCAUGUUAAUUGUACACAAAGCGGUGUCUAUGCCAUUCUUAAGUGGAGUUAUGAUUAUUUGAAGACAGAUGAAAUUAAAUUCUGUUUUUUGAUGUGUUCACUAUUUCCUGAGGAUUUUGAAAUUCCUUUGGAGGAUUUGGUUAGAAUAGGAGUGGGGUUAGAUUUAUAUAAAGAUGUUUCAUCCAUUGAAGAAGCAAGGAGGGCCCUACGUUCAAUGGUUGAAACCCUGAAGGCUUUGAGUUUGCUAUUAGAAGGUGCUUGUGGAAAAGAAUUUGUGAGAAUGCAUGAUAUAGUUCGUGAUGCUUGUCUAUGGAUAACAUCAAAGGGGGAGAAUAUAUUCAUGAGCAAGAUUGGCAUGGAUUUGAUGCAGUUGACAAAGGAGAAAGGCUGGAUACAAUAUACAGCAAUCUCCUUGUUGGAAAACAAACUAAAAGAGCUCUCUGUUAGACUGGAAUGUCCUAAGCUUAAAAUAUUGCUAUUGGGUGGUGAUAGGCAAUCGUUAUACUAUAACUAUGACAAGUCCAAGUUGUUGAAAGUUUCAGAUGAAUGUUUCGAAGAGAUGAAAGCACUAGAAGUUGUAAGUUUAAGAUAUGCAGACCUUUCACUAAAAUCACUUCAAUUCUUGACAAAUCUCAAGACUCUAGAGUUGUCUGAUUGUAAUUUGAGAGACAUUUCUUUCCUUGCCAAGCUGAACAAACUUGAGAUUCUUAGCUUUGGAGAUUCUUGUUUUGACGAAUUACCAAUAGAAUUGAGUGAACUUAAGGAACUAAGAAUGUUGGAUUUACGUGGGUGCUCUGAGCUAAGAAGAAUUCCUUCCAAUUUGAUACGAAGCUUUUCUCAAUUAGAAGAAUUAUACAUGGAGAAGGACAUCUUUGAAGAAAGGGAGGUUUAA